GGCAGCGGCGGGAGGUUCCGGCGCGCGCCCCGGGCUGCGGCGCGCCGGCGUGCGGCUGUUAGGGUGCGCCUUGGCCUGAGUGGAUGCCGCGGUGGCCGCCAUGCAGCUGACGGUGAAGGCGCUCCAGGGCCGUGAGUGCAGCUUGCAGGUGUCGGAGGAUGAGCUGGUGUCCACGUUGAAGCAUCUGGUCUCCGAGAAGCUGAACGUCCCCGUGCGCCAGCAGCGGCUGCUGUUCAAGGGCAAGGCCCUCGCAGAUGGGAAAAGACUCUCCGAUUACAGCAUUGGGCCCAAUUCCAAGCUCAACCUAGUGGUCAAACCACUGGAGAAGGUGUUACUGGAAGAAAGUGCCGUCCGGAAACUGGCCGAGGCCUCACCCCCAUGCCCACCUGCCUGGCAGCUGAUUGCCAAAGUCUUGGCGCGCCACUUCAGUGCUGCAGAUGCCAGCAGAGUCCUGGAUCAACUACAGAGGGAUUAUGAGAGGUCCCUGAGCCGCCUGACCCUGGAUGACAUCGAACGUUUAGCUAGCCGCUUCCUGCACCCUGAAGUCACUGAAGCUAUGGAGAAGGGGUUCUCCAAAUAGGAUUUACGGAGUGUGGGGAUGAGCCCAGCCAGGCUGCAAGCUGCAUGUAGCAUUAAAUGUGUUCUCAUGUUGCAAUUUGGCUUAUAAUAAUAAUAGCUGGUGGGUACCCAGGAACCUGUACCCAGCUCUUGCUAGGUGCCAGGCACCACUGAAAGCACUUGACCUGAGUUUGCUCCUGCACCUCAAACAAAAGGUGAGACAGCCAAGGCUCCUUGCAGUGAAGCGGGGGAGCCAGAAUCCGAGUCUAGCCAGCUUCUAGAAGUGCCUCAGGAUGAGAAAGAAAAGGGGCUGUUUGGAAGAUCCCGAGGGAUGGGCCUUGGCAUUUUGUGUUUAGCCCACUGAGAAUAAACCUCAAGUGACUUCUUUCCAGAUCUCUGGCAGGUCCAGCACUGGUGGGAGGCUAAGUGAGAGUCAGACCUGCGCCCCCUCAGCUGCUGCAGCCAGUGCACACUUGACGAAGGAAAAGCAGGUUGGGGAGUCGGGGAUGAACAUCGUCCAGCUCUGUGUUGUAACCUCAGGCAAGUCCCUGUGCCAUGUUGGUCCCCAGUAAAGGCCACUCCUUAAACCUCACUCAAUUUCCUUCAUCCUUACCCCAUACCUGGUGGCGGGGGGGGGGGGUCCUGCCCUCUGUGUUCCAUAAACAAACAGGCCAGAAGAUAAGUGAUGGCCCAGAGAUGGGGUAUCCCGGCCCUUCCUGUCACAGCUCUUCCCUGGGCACCCCCCUUUGCUUGUCUCCCACUGGACAUGGGUAGUUCUUGCUCCUUAGGGAUGACAGGUGACUGGCUUGAGGUCCCUCAACAAGAGCCAGGCCAUAGCCAGCCCCCUGUACCACGCACUCAUCCACAGAAUGGAAUGGACCCUUCCCCCACCAUGUGUGCACACAGGCUUUCACUUUGCACGCCCCUCACUGCCUAGUAGGAAGCCUCGGGGUGCCAGGGAAGGGGCAGAAGCACGGCCUGGUGGCACUGGGCCUCCCACCAUGCCUGGCAUGUGGGCCUAGAACUCAUCCAGGUACCUGCUCCUUGGAGAAGGGCAUCCAGGGCAGUUGAGGCUGGGAGGAAGCUGUGUGCAGGGAGGAUGGAUGCUCCAGCCCCACCACCCUCCUUGCCUGAGGCCCUCCUGCUGGGUCCCUGGGCUGGGAAGACAGACAGAUCUGAUGGGUGAAGGAUUUGAAGAGCAGACAGAAAGCCCCUGGUCCCGCCUGAGAGCUGGGAACAUCAAACAGCAGGGCCCGCUUAGGGGCCUGUGUGAUCUGGCAGCUCGUGUGAUAGAUUCGCCAAUGCUCUCAUUGAUUUCAAGUCAGGAAGUUUAUUUUGAAAUUUUAAAUAGCACUCAAGGUGAACGUGAGACUUUGAUCCAAAAAGAACUAUAUUAGUUAGGCUGCUUUUGGUUUCCAGUGAUUGGUUUAACCAUAAUGGAAAUUGGUUUAAACAAUAAAGGAAACUUACUGGUUUACAAAACUGAGAAAUUCAGGGGUAUUGGCAGCAGAUGAACAACUUCACCAAAUACCCAGUUUUGUCCUACCUCCCCUCUGCGCUCUGCAGUGUCCGCUUCAUCCCAGGCUGCCGCCUCAGGAUCGAUAGAUGGCCGAGUCCCUCCUUCUAAGCCAGCAAGGAGCACCUUCUUGCCCUGUAGUGUAGCUUCUUUCUCAGAUGCCCCCAGCAAAUAAAUGCUGUCCUUUUAUUGGCCAGAA